ACUUACUAUUUAAAAAAAAAAGAGAUGAUUUUGAUUUUGAUUUUGACAAAAAAAAGAAAGCUUUUGAUCGGAAUCUGGAAAAAAAAUGGCACCGGUGACUGAAGUUUCUCCGAUGAUUAACACUUUGGAUGUUACAGAUGACAAAAUGGCUAACCUCAGCUCCUCUGGCAAGCCUCCUAGGAACAACAUCUCUGCAAUGCGCCAUUGCAAUAGCACUGCUUGGUUGAUCGAUUCCGAAGGAGAUGAGAGAUUUGGUGCAAAAUCUCCUGAAGGAGUAAACUCAACGUUCCAGCCUGUGUUCAGAUCUGGAAGCUGGUCUGAUAAAGGACCGAAGCAAUCUAUGGAAGAUGAAUUCAUUUGUGUGGAUGAUCUCACUGAGCAUAUUGGUUCAUCCACUGGAGCUUUCUAUGGGGUGUUUGAUGGACAUGGAGGUGUUGAUGCUGCAUCAUUCACAAAGGAUAACAUUAUGAAGCUUGUAAUGGAAGAUAAACAUUUCCCAACCAGCACUAAGAAGGCAACAAGGAGUGCUUUUGUCAAGACUGAUCAUGCUUUAGCUGAUGCUUCUUGUCUCGAUAGAUCAUCUGGUACCACUGCACUCACUGCUCUCAUCUUGGACAAGACAAUGUUGAUUGCGAACGCUGGUGACUCCAGAGCAGUGUUGGGGAAACGUGGCAGAGCCAUUGAGCUGUCAAAGGACCACAAGCCGAACUGUACUUCUGAGCGGCUACGUAUUGAGAAGCUUGGUGGUGUUAUCUAUGAUGGUUAUCUUAACGGGCAGCUCUCUGUGGCUCGAGCUUUAGGAGAUUGGCACAUUAAGGGAGCUAAAGGUUCACUCUGUCCGCUUAGCUGUGAGCCUGAGCUGGAGGAGAUUGUGCUGACUGAAGAGGAUGAGUUUCUUAUAAUGGGAUGUGAUGGACUCUGGGAUGUGAUGAGCAGCCAGUGUGCUGUGACAAUGGUGAGGAGGGAGCUGAUGCAGCAUAAUGAUCCUGAGAAAUGCUCUCAAGCUCUGGUCAAGGAGGCACUACAACGCAACAGCUGUGAUAAUCUUACUGUAGUGGUUGUCUGUUUCUCUCUCGAACCGCCUCCUCGGAUUGAGAUCCCUAAGUCGCAUAAGAGGAGGAGCAUCUCUGCUGAGGGAUUGGAUCUCCUCAAAGGCGUUUUGAACGAGUUGUGAAGGAAACUGAGCAAGUUGAGAGAAAAGGUAAGAGAGUUGCUUUUAUUCUUUUUUUUUGUUUCCUCUUUUGAUAGGAAACGUCAGAGAUUAGAGGUUGUGUGCUUUUUUUUCUCUGGUUUUCCCAAGUUUUGAUUGAUUCCAUUAUUCUUUUUGUAAGGAAUUUGACCCAUUCUUUUAUACGGUAGAUCUUACCAUA